AUGGCGACUCAGCUCGUUCCUCUACCGGAGGUGGAGAGACUCAGUGCUUCAGUGGUGCGGAUACUUGGUGGUAAUCCCGGCAAGCUCGAUGAAAUAAGAACCCACGUUAAUUUGAAUCUGCAUAUAGUUUACACUGCAGGCGUAGAGGGUGCCACCUUGAAAGCAUUCCAUACGCCAGGACAUACAGUUGACCAUAUGAUAUUUGUGCUAGAAGAAGAAGAUGCCAUCUUUACUGGUGAUAACGUUCUGGGACAUGGGACUGCGGUAUUUGAAGAUUUGAAAGUGUAUCUGUCCAGCCUACAGCGAAUGCAAGACCGAGUGUCGGGACGCGGUUACCCUGGCCAUGGAGCGGUGAUUGACAACGCAACAGCUAAGAUCACUGAAUACAUCAAGCAUCGACAACAGCGAGAAGAUGAGGUGAUCCGGGUUUUGCGUUAUGGAAAACUUGAUGUGCCUGAUGAUGAACCAUCACCGGAGCGGAAGGCCUCUUGGACCCCCCUUGAGAUAGUGAAAGUGAUUUACCAUAACGUCCCGGAAAGCCUUCACCUGCCAGCGUCGCACGGAGUGCUGCAGGUGCUAAUGAAGUUAGAAGCCGAGGGUAAGACAAUCCACGACACGGAAUCCGGAAAGUGGAGGCUGGAAACCGGGAAGUCUGCGCUAUAA